AUUUGAGCAAUAAAAAGAAACAUUGAAAUACAUUUCUCUCAAAACCAGUUUUUUCUGAUUUCUUCUUUGUGCAAAAAACCAUGGAUUUCUUCUACAUUUGGGAACAUGUCCAAAUCAUUCAAUUUGCAGAAACCACAACCACCCCACAUAUCAAACUAAUAAUACUAACACAUUAAAGAUUUCUUCACUGGAAAAAAUUGACAUCAAUUUUCUCCUUUUUUCUUUUUUUUAGUUUUUCUUUUUCCCUUCUUCUUCUUCUUCUUCCUGGGUUCUUCGUUCUUUCGUUCUCCUCAUCCUUACCAUCAUCUAUAAUGAUGGCUAAGCUUCAAUCAGAUCAGAUCAAACAACUCAAGGACAUAUUCAUGCGGUUCGACAUGAACCAGGAUGGAAGCCUGACCCAAUUAGAGCUGGCGGCCCUUUUGCGUUCUCUCGGGUUAAAGCCCACCGGAGACCAAAUCUACGAUUUGUUGAACAACAUUGAUGCCAAUGGCAACGGCCUGAUUGAAUUCGAGGAGCUGGUUGAGGCGAUUCUGCCCGACAUGAAUGAGGAGGUUCUGAUCAACCAGGAACAAUUGAUGGAGGUUUUCCAGUCGUUCGACCGGGACGGAAACGGGUUCAUCACGGCGGCGGAAUUGGCCGGGUCAAUGGCGAAGAUGGGUCACCCGCUGACGUAUAAAGAGCUCACGGAGAUGAUGCGUGACGCCGACACCAACGGGGAUGGCGUCAUCAGCUUCAACGAGUUUGCUAGCAUUCUGGGCAAAUCUGCAAACGAUUUCCUUGGCCUGACCGUUUCCUGAUGAAAAGGCAGGGGAUCCGAACCCCUUUUUUUACUAAUCCGGGUUUGUGUUUCGUCAAUGUUGCUUUUUUUUUUUUUCUGUUAAUUUGAUAUUCAUCGAAGGGGGAAAAAAAAAAAAAAAGCAAUUCGUAUUUGUAUCGUUUAUCAUCAUCGUCAAGAAGAAGCAUUUGUCAUUUUGAGUUGAUUAGUUUGGCAGAAUGAUCAAAUUCAUGAUUCGUUAGGCCUAAUUUGACCACUUUGGUUUUCUUCUUCGGUGUUUCAUUUUUUUUUUUUUUUUGGAUUAGGGUUUGCUAAUUUCUCUCAGAUUGGGGUACAAAAAAUAUAGGAUCAUGUGUACAUAGUAAUUUCGAAAUCGAACCAUGAUAUUGUUUGGUUCCUGAUUCAGUUUGCAUGUAUCAUUAAAUCAUUCAUUAAACAGUGUCGGACAGGGUAAUGUCUUUUCCUUAGACAUGUUUCAAGUUUGAGCAAGUAUGAACAAACUAUUACCCUCCUAUAGUUCUUUCUUAUGGUGAUGUAAUUUACUACUUGCUUUCAUAGUUCGUAAAUACCAUUAAUUAAAUUGUUGUUUGCCAUCCUAAUUCCCAGUAAAGUUGGAUUAAUUUCAUUGUUAGAGUAAUUCUUAGGGUGAUGCCAAUUACUUGAUGUAAUAUUUUUUAUUUUUAAUAUAUGG